AUGGCAGAAGAAGCAUUCAAAUGGUGGAAUGGUAUUGUUAAUGAUGAAGAGGAUAACCCUAAUCCUCCUGAUAUUCUUCCACCUGAUGAUGCUAGUCUUUUGGUGCCGUUAUUUUCUCCAAUUUUACAUAAUCAUACAAAUUACACAAUUGAUGCGGAUAACUGUUGGAAACAUAUUCAUGAAACAUUAUGCAAGCUCGUUGACAAUCCAAACGUUGAAAAUCCAAAUGAUGAUUUUCCGGAAUUUGUAGUUCAAUUAUACAGCUAUCGAAAAUAUCUAAAAAUAAAAGACAUAGACAUGGCUAUGAUAUACAUAGAUAAAUUUUGCCCAGAUCCACCAAAUGAUUUUUUCUUGCAAACAAUGGCUUUAUCCAUUGACGAUCCUGAGCUAUCUGUCGUUGUUUUAUUAAAGUUAUUUGAUGAUGGAGAUGAAAGAUUUAUCAAAUGCCUCGAAAGUCCCGGGUUUUCAGAUAGAUUAUUCGAUUUAUACGUUCCGUUUCUUUUACUAUUCAAUUUGCGUGACCAACACUUUCUCUUUAGAUUAAACGUUGCUGAACUCAUUAUACGCGUUUUAGAAAAAUAUCCCGGAAAUUUAAUGGAUCAAAUGCUCAAUUCGUUAUAUCAAAAAUUACUUGCCUUGAUUGUUUAUGCACCAGUUCAAUACUCUUACGCAUUUUUCCGAUGCCUGGUGAAACUCAACGAUUUCUCUUUAGAAAAACUCAGUAGAGAUCAACAACAGAACAGACUUAACGGCUUACUUGCAAUUGCAGAUGGUGACUGUGCCAUUCGAUUCGCAAUUCUCCGCUAUUUAACAAGAUUUCCUAAUAUUAUUGAUUUAUACGAAAUUAUAAAAUAUUCAUCAAAGCACUUACCACUGUGUAAUACUGAUCUCGAGAUUUUGAUAGAUUUAGUUGCGGAAACUCACAAUGAUUCGCCCUUAACUCAUUUAAUGGUUGUACGAUCACUCUGUAGGACAUUAAUGCAAAGCUUUCUAUUCAUGAGGUCUGCAGCUACUUUGUUGAUUGAAUUCCUUUCAGAUUAUUCAAGUGAUGAAAUUAUUGAUUGGAUGAAAGCGUUUAUCCGAAGAGUUUUCAUAUUUAUUCGGUUCUGUAUUUUAAAGAACAAGUAUUUACGUAGGGUCUUACUUCUUUGUUCCGUUCUUUCUUCUCCAAUGUUCAAAUCUAUUCCAUGGCUCUACAAAUUUAUCCAGAUUUACGCCUCUGAAGCAUAUUGUCAGCACCUCCCAUUUAUUGCCGACUACUUCUCCAUCAUCAACGAGAAAGAUGAAAUUUUUGAAAAAGAGUUUUCAAUUUUUUCUUCCUCGAAAAUCCAGCUGAAAGUAUUCCCGUUCAAAGACAAGACAUGCACUCUCUCAGAAAACCACCAAACGAGGCAGUACACCACCUACAAAUCUGCCCAAACAGACUCCCGCCUCGAGGAGCUGAACAUCCCCUUACUCAUUGCCAGGUACCUGUACUACGAUACCGAAAUAUCCACGUCCGAUCAGAAAUUCUGCCAGUUCCAGAUAGAAGACCUGAUUCAGGAGCAAAAGGACAAAUACGUAGAGUGCGAGAAGGCGCAUUUGUCCACAAAGUAUCCAAGGCUCAACAAAUUCCUCACUGCAGGCAAAAUCAACUUACUCGGAGCAACAAUUGCGUAUAAGGAGUCAGAAAACGCAAUUUGGGAAUUCCAGAAGAGAGUUAUCAAUGACUACUUGGGAGUACUAAACGAAAUACACAGACUUUUGUGUCAACAUCCAAAUAUCAUGGCAAAUAUAAAAAUUUUGAUUUUCGAUAACAACACGGCGAUCACAGAUUCCGCCAAAUACAAGAACCUCAAAGAGCGAAAACACGCUUGCAAGCUCGCCCUGUACAAUAUGGCCACAAAAUUCCAGCCGCCAAACUACGAACAAUUGAUUAUCGGAGAAUUGGCAAAUAACAUGUUCAAGUAUGAUAUGUCCAUUAAAUACUCUGCUCCAUCAGUUCUUGACUAUUACGUUCAAGAGUAUUUAAACAGAAAUCCAAAAUUUGCUCCAAUGUUGGACGCAGCUGCAACAAUCAUCAACAUGGGAGUUGUUGAGGCAGCCAAGACAACAAUUGACGAACUGGCGAAUGCAGUUACUGAGCAAAUUGGAAGAGUAAUGGACGGAUCGAGCGUAAUCAUCAGCCAAUCCAUUCUCCGUGUCAUAUUUGAUAUUUGCUACUCAUCAUCCUCGAUUCUGAACUCAUACAAAGCUGCAAAUGCCGAAUUUUUGAGAAGAUGCAACCAAUUUAUUUCCAAAUCAAUUUCCGAGGCUGGAAUUCCAGACUGCAUCGUUGGCGGAAUGAGGAAACGUGCAACUGUCCAGACUCUCUUCAGAAACAAGAAGAUGAACACAUUUGGACUUAUUGAGUACAUGACAAACCCUUUAGAUAUGGUCAAACAUAUAUACAAUGUCAUCCAGAGCUUGGAUUCGCUCAACUACAACUGCACUCUGCACCAAGAAAUGGUAAUUCUCGUCCAAUGCGUAAUUUCUGUCUCCCCUCCGUCAAACGCUGUCUCCGCAAUGAAGUUUAUCAACCAAUGGGCGCCCACGUUCUGUUCUCAGCUCUUGAAUGACAGUUUGAAGCUAUAUAGAGAAGCAAUGGAUAGAAUUAUUGUUGUAGACAAGAUUACGGAAGAAUAA